UUUCUUGAACGGAAAAUGGAUUAGCAGAACAAAACGUUGAUAUUAGCGAUUAUUUAUUAAAGAAAAAAAAGCACAAUAACCGACGAAAGUACAAGUAUACUUUUCAACGGGACGAGUUUAUAAACCUACCGUUACCUACGAUAUGUUGUUUUCAUGUGUUGUUUUCAUAGAACGCGGGAACUGCGAAGAGAAAAUUUCCUUCAUUUCAAAUAUUUCUCUACAACUGGAACUCUCAGACUGUUUAGAUGUCUAAUCGAGUUGGAACCAGAGGCGAGAGAGCUUGCAGUAUUUCUUGCCAGCUUCUCCCCAGCAGGCUCUUAGUCAGUUUAAUGCUAUUGAGUGGUCUAGUAGUGAUGAAGAGGACCAAAAAAAUAAUGCUAAAAGCAAAUCAUCUGCUAGAUUGCUGGUUAUUAAGAAUAGAAGUUAUGAGUGUAAUUUCUCUCCAUGCGAAGAACCAAGUCUACCUUGUAAGAGAAAAAUAGCGGAGAAAACCCUUUCUGCUAAACAGAAGCAAAAACUUUCAUCAUCUCCUCCGAUUGGCAGAAGUUGUGCAGAUGUGAUUUGUACUGGUAAUAGAAACAGAUCUCAUGAAUCUUCAUUUUCAAAUAAAGUCUCUCAGAAAAGGAACUUAAAUUCUAAAAUUGAUCAUAGAGAUUUGGAGAAAACUCCAAAGAAGAGUAUAUGUGGUCAUAAAUCUUCUAAUUUGUCCCCUGUGGUAGGCUCACAAAGAUAUCCAUCAAGAGAAAUACCACUACAGGCACCAAAGGAAGAUGAGAUAUCUUGCUCGAUGUAUAUAACUGAACCAAGCUCCCCUAUUCUUGGUUCACAGACUGUUGUUAAAAGAAGGAGAAUUAGUUUAGGUCCCCGAUCUUAUUUGAGUCUUCAGCGGGGCAAAGGUGAAACACCUAAGUCCUCUAGACAUCCAAACUCUAAUGUAAAUCAUUUUGAAAUUUCACCUUCUUUAAGGAUAGAGGCAACAUUUGACCAUAGCAAUCUUGGAGAAAGUGCAUGUGACCAAAAACCUAAGUCAUUUGAGUUGGCCCAUGAAGACAAAUUAAAUUUUGAGGAAAUAAAUGAAAUUAAAGACUUGGAAAGGGAGAUUUGGCAUCAGAGUUCUAGAAAAUGCACCCAGAAUACAAAUGGUUCCUUUGUGCCAGCUAAUAACAUUAAAAAGAAUGAACAGAGAUCCAGCAUGAAAAAGAGGGAGCAAGGUAUAACCAGUACUACAAAGAGUAUGAUUAAAUUAAAGGAAUAUAAAGAUACAGGACAAUGUAAAUUAAAAAAAGCUACAAUUCAUAUUCAGACCAACAACUCACAAGAAACAAGUUCAGAAACAGAGAAAAGCAAUGACAACUUUGAAAUAGACAUUAGCCCAUUUUCACCAGUGCAGAGUGAUCAAGAAGGAUUAUUAGAAUCAUUGGAAAGCUAUAAUCUCGCCAUCUCAGAAGCAUCAUCAGCUGUAACUGAAGUUGAAGAUACAACAGUUCAGUCACACCAGACAGGCUCGGAGUGGCUUCGCAGCCUUCAGCAAAUUACACCUGUCAAGCAUUGUCUUAAAGGUAGUAAUGAGGAGGGUGAGGAAUCAGCCAAAAAAAAACUCAAGAAGGAUGGUCUUGCAAGCAGAUUGUCUCAGCUGAUACGAUCUUGGCAAUCAAAUGUCCAGAUGUGGACUCACCAAAUGGCUUUAGCCAUACCUCAGGGUCAGCGGUCGCAGCCACUUGGUAAUAUUGAGCUGAAAGAAAAUCACUUGAACCGUCUGCCUCAGGAGAGGAGUAAGAAAAUUCUCGGAAGCUCACCAGCUCUCACAAGUUGGGCACAAAAAUAUUUUCAUUCACCAGCAGUUAAGAACUUAAGUGUGAUUUUAGGAACUUCUUCACUGACCUCCACCCAUUUUAGUCCGAACCAUGAAAAUUCCAAGAAGCAUUUAAAACUUAAAAUCAUCAGAACUGGAGGAGAACUACCAAGUAAUGCAGCUGAAUGUGAAGAAUACAAAGACCAUUUAAGUCAGAAAACUAUUGAUGUAGUAAAGAAAGGAUAUGAAUUUUGGAAGAAGGAAAAAAAUGAGAAUGGUAGAAUAUUUUUGGUCAUCUUUGAUCCUAAUGGAGAAAAUAAAAAACAGAAAUUACUUGUCAAUGAUACCGUAAAAGUAUAUGCUCCAUGGCACCAUCUAGUUAUUCCACAGUAUUCAGUACCUAUACUCUUUGCAUCCUACUUUGCUGUGGACAGUGACCUGCCAAGGGUAAAUGACUUAAACACAAGAACUAAUCAUCUUGCUCUAAAUGUCAUAAACACAAAGGAAGAUUACAUAUAUUCUGGUGAUGGAAGGAAAAGCAAGAGGAAGAGUGUGUUGUCGUCUUGGUCUUGUGCUUGUAUAUCAGGGCCUGUUGGGUUGCCUUCCAUUUGUAACUCAUUCCAAUAUACAACUGUGCAACCUAUCAGAAGAAUCACACAGCAUUGUUUCAGUGAAGACAAUCCUGGAUUUUCCAUCAUUAAAGAAUCGUCAGAUGUAUCUGAAAGUGAGGAAGGGGAUCACACUACAAACAGUGUUUUAAAAGCCAUAGAAAAGUGUGGAGGUGUGUCAGACACACCAGUCACUAUCACCACCAGGAUUCAUCGUAUUAUUUUGCACAAGAAUAAUGAAGGCAUUUUAGAUUAUUGGGAGUGUGUUGGUCAAGAUGCCAGUGGAAUGUUCUGUUCCAUCAGAAUACCAAACCAUCCCCUUGUUAGCCAGUUUAAGGAGUUAAUAGAAAUGGGAGAAGGAGCCACCUUCACCUUCAGCCAUGUCACAGUACUACAGAGGCUUACCAACACUCAAAAUUCUAGUUUGUUUUCGGUUUUGUCAUCACUACAUUCUGCCUACCAGUCAGCUAUUCAAGCCUGUUCAAACCUGUUUUCAUUGUUGAAAGAGCAUGCCUUAAGACCACCCCAAACAUACUGCUAUGUAUUUGCUGUGAAUCUCAGGGUCUCCAAAGCCAUAAACAAUGAAUAUCAGGUUGCACUGCCCAUCAAGUUACCAGACUGGACCUUGAUAGAAGCUAUGCAGGGAUAUGAUCCUGAAAUGCUCUUGAGUAAACACAUUGGCUCACUGGUAUGUAUACUACAGGAGGUGCGGAAGGCCAAAUUAUUGAAGACUCACAGUUUCAGACUUCUACAGUUACCCUACUAGGUCAAGAUUUUGAGAAAAACAAAAACAGUGUCUUUCGUCGAGGAGAAUGGAAAAUGUAGAUGUAUAUAAACAAGUAGCAUAUUUAUGUUGGAUUAGUAGAUAGACAAAGUUGUAAUAGUUACCCUUUAUCAGAUUCUAAAUAUGAUCCUUGUAGGUAUAAUGCUCCUCAAAUAAAAUCAAAGGUUUUUAUUUUCUGAAAAGAUAUAUCUAGUUUGUUAUUUCAGGAUAUAUAUAUUAUAAAAAAGAAAACUGAUAAAGACUUAGGAUUCCUCUUUAUACAGAAGCUUUGUUAUUUGCUUAUAUGUUUUGUAUGUGAACAGUCCUAUAUUAAAGAGCUGAAAAUCAUGAUUUAGAAAAGUUUGUUAUAAAACUUCUUGUAUUUUGUUUUGUAUUGUUCAAAUUCAAGUAUCAUUAUUGAUAUAAUGUAUCAUAUAUAGCCAUUAUUGAAAAAUUGUAUACUGCAGUUUAAAACAAUCUGUUUUGGAGUUAAAAUAUAAAAAUCAUUGUAGAAAGCACUUCAAAAUAGUUUCCUAAUGUCAUUCUUAGAGAGGCGAGACAUUUUUCAGACAUGGUGUAUUUUGCUAUAUAGAGAAAAUAUACAUUUUGUUAAUGU